CAGCAGCAGCAGCAGCAGCAGGGACUGGCUCCUGCUUUCUCCCCCCAUGUGAGCCGGGACGAUGCUGCCGCUGCUGCUGCCGCUGCUGCUGGGCGCCCGCGCGCUGAGCGCACCCCCGGGGGACACAGCGGUGGUCACCCCGCUCCGCCUCGACCCCGACAUCAACGGGCGGCCCUACUUCAGGCGCGGCCCCGCCGAGGCCGUGGUGUUCCAGCUGUCGGCUUUCGGGGAGGAUUUCUACCUGCACCUCUCCCCAGACGCCGGAUUCAUCGCCCCCGCCUUCGCCGCGCACUACCUGGGCUCCGCGCCCGGUGCCUCCCGUCCCCAUCACCUCCGCCACUGUUUCUACUCGGGGGAUGUCAACGCCGACCGAGAGUCCUUCGCCGCUCUCAGCCUCUGCGGGGGGCUCCGGGGGGCUUUCGGCUACCGGGGAGCCGAGUACACCAUCAGCCCGCUGCCGGGAGCGGAGCACGGCGGGGCUCACCGCCUGCAGCGCCGCAACGUCGCCCACCCGCUGGGUACCUCCGCGUCGCGCUGCGCGGUGGGCUCCGGGCUCACCCCAGGGGUGCUGCAGGCUCUGGAGAAAUACCGGGGGAGAGCGGCCGGGGGGAAGGCAGGAGGGAGAACCAAACGCUUUGCCUCCGUGCCCCGGUACGUGGAGACCUUGGUGGUGGCCGAUGAGUCCAUGGUGAAGUUCCACGGGGAUGACUUGCAGCACUACCUGCUCACCCUCAUGGCCACGGCCGCCCGCCUCUACAAGCACCCCAGCAUCCGCAACCCCAUCCAGAUCUCCGUCGUCAAGUUCCUCCUCAUCGGGCAGGAUGACAAAGGGCCCAAAGUCACCAGCAACGCCGCCCUCACCCUCCGCAACUUCUGUGCCUGGCAGAAGAAGUGGAACAAAGUCAGCGACAAGCACCCCGAGUACUGGGACACCGCCAUCCUCUUCACCAAGCAGGACCUGUGCGGUGCCACCACCUGUGACACGCUGGGCAUGGCCGACGUGGGCACCAUGUGUGACCCCAAGCGCAGCUGCUCCGUCAUUGAGGACGAUGGGCUGCCCUCAGCUUUCACCACCGCUCACGAGCUGGGCCACGUCUUCAACAUGCCCCAUGACAACGUGAAAGCCUGUGAGGAGGUCUUUGGCCGGCUGAAGACCAACCACAUGAUGUCUCCCACCCUCAUCCAGAUCGACCGUGCCAACCCCUGGUCAGCCUGCAGCGCUGCCAUCAUCACUGACUUCCUUGACAGCGGCCACGGAGACUGCUUGCUGGACCAGCCCUCCAACCCCAUCCCGCUGCCCGAGGACCUGCCGGGGACGAGCUACAGCCUGAACCAGCAGUGUGAGCUGGCCUUUGGUGUGGGCUCCAAGCCCUGCCCCUACAUGCAGUACUGUGCCAAGCUCUGGUGCACCGGCAAAGCACGCGGGCAGAUCGUGUGCCAGACACGGCACUUCCCCUGGGCUGAUGGCACUGGCUGCGGGGAGGGACGCUUCUGCCUGAAAGGUGCCUGCGUGGAGAGGCACAACGUCAGCAAGUACAAGGUGGAUGGCGGCUGGGCCAAGUGGGCGCCCUAUGGGACGUGCUCACGGACCUGCGGUGGUGGGGUGCAGCUGGCCAAGCGUGAGUGCACCAACCCUGUGCCUGCCAACGGGGGCUCCUACUGCGAGGGCGUCCGCGUCAAGUACCGUUCCUGCAACCUGGAGCCCUGCUCAGCUGCAGUGCCAGGAAAGAGCUUCCGAGAAGAGCAGUGUGAGGCAUUCAAUGGCUACGGCCACAGCACCAACCGCCUCACUGCCUCCGUCUCCUGGGUUCCCAAAUACUCUGGUGUCUCACCCCGGGACAAAUGCAAGCUCAUCUGCCGGGCGAAUGGCACGGGGUACUUCUAUGUGCUGGCACCCAAGGUUGUGGAUGGCACCCCGUGCUCCCCAGACUCCACCUCGGUCUGCGUCCAGGGCAAAUGCAUCAAAGCGGGCUGUGAUGGGAAGCUGGGCUCCAAGAAGAAAUUUGAUAAGUGCAGUGUUUGUGGAGGAGACAAUAAGAGCUGCAAGAAGGUCUCGGGCUUAUUCACCAAACCCAUGCAUGGCUACAACUUUGUGGUGGUGAUCCCUGCCGGAGCUUCCAACAUCGACAUCCGCCAGCGGGGCUACAAGGGGCUGAUCAGCGACGACAACUACCUGGCACUGAAGAACGGGCAGGGCAAGUACCUGCUGAAUGGGCACUUCAUCGUCUCGGCCGUGGAGCGGGACCUGAUGGUGAAGGGCAGCGUGCUGCGCUACAGCGGCACCGGCACCGCUGUUGAGAGCCUGCAAGCCUUCAAACCCAUCCAGGAGCCCUUGACUUUGGAGGUGCUCUCCGUGGGGAAGAUGACCCCUCCCCGGGUGCGCUACUCCUUCUACCUCCCCAAGGAGAGCAAGGAUGACAAAACCUCCUACAGGAAGGAGGGCAAAGCUCCUCCGGAUCUCAACAACAGCGUGCUCAGCUUGUCCAACCGCUUGGAUGGGGGCAGGCCGACCUACAAGCGUCCCUCCUACAAGUGGGCGGCGGGGGGCUGGGAGGCGUGCUCUGUCACCUGUGGCAGUGGGCUGCAGAAGCGAGCGGUGGCUUGCCAUGACUCCUAUGGCCACCCAGCCUCCGAAUGUGAGGCUGCCCAAAGGCCGGUUGAGGUGCGGUCGUGCGGGGAGCCCUGCCCAGCGUGGGAAGCAGGACCAUGGGCUCCUUGCUCCAAGAGCUGUGGGAGAGGCUUUAAGAGGAGGAUGCUGAAGUGCGUGGCCUCCGGUGGGAGACUGCUGCCCCGGGAGAGUUGCAGUUUUCGGAGGAAGCCGCAGGAGCUGGAUUUCUGCACCUUGAGGCCAUGCUGAGCUGUG